AUGGUGGCGCCGGCAGCGGCUGGGGCCAGCAGCUGCAGCGGCCUUCGCGCCUCCACCAACACCCCAAGGCGGGGCUGCCUGCCAGCGGCCCAGUGCUGCCCUCCGGCGCGACUGAGGCGUCAGAGGGUGCAAUGCAGCACGUCCAGGGACGCCAAGCCGCCGGCGGCGGCGCCGCCAGUGGCGCAGCGGUCGGGCAGCCGGCUGACUCGGCUCCUGAGCUGGCGCUCCAAUGCGCAGCCCGCAGCAGUAGAGACGGCAGCCAAGGCAGCGGCGGCAGCAGAGAUUGCUGAAGAUCAGCAGGAGCAGCAGCAGAUCGUGGCAGCAGAGCGGCAGCUGCUGGAGCAGGCGGCAGCAGCGGAGCGGCAGCUGGCGGAGCAGGCGUCGUCGCCGCCGGGCGCCGCCGCCGAGCAGCAGCAGCAGCUGGCGGCGCAGCGCCCCGGCGCCUUCAGCCUCUACUCCUGGCUCACCUGGAGCAGCACCCCGGCCGCCACCAGCACCGACAGCGGCGCGGAGGGCGAGGCCGCCGAGUUGGGAGACGGCAUGGCGGCGGCGCCGCAGCGGCCGCAGGCAGCUGGCGCCAGCGGCUGGCGCCGCUCUUGGUACAGCCUGUCCCGCAGCUCGGUCAGCUCCUACGACGAGGCGGAGCCAGCGCAGCAGGACAUCCCCGUGCGCGUAGACCACCCCGCGCUGCAGCUGCUGCGCACGCGCGCGCUGGCGGGGUCGCGCCCGGGGUCGCGCCGAGACCCCUUCAAGCUCGGCCUCGUCGUGGAGGGCGGCGGCAUGCGCGGCUGCGUGUCAGGCGGCGCCCUGCAGGCCCUGUCGGACCUGGGCCUGCGAGACGUGUUUGACGCAGUCUACGGCUCCUCGGCCGGAGCCAUCAACUCAACAUACUUCAUCUCGGGCCAGCGCACAGGCGUGCACAUAUAUCAUGACCACAUCGCCUCACCCGACUUCAUCAAUCUGAAGCGGCUGUGGAAGGGCGAGAACGCGGCGCCCGUGCUGGACCUGUCGUUCCUCAUCGACCACGUCAUGCACAGCGUGCACCCGCUGGACUGGGACGCCGUCCUGCGCUCGCCGCUGCCGCUCAAGGUGGUGGCCAGCUCUCUGGACAGCCUGACGCCUGUCGUGCUGGAGCGGUUCUCAGACAAGGACGACCUGGCGGAGAGCCUCAAGGCCUCUGCCACCGUGCCCGAGAUCGCGGGCGGGCCGCGCCUGCACCGCGGGCAGCGCCUGGUGGACGCGGCAGUCUUUGAGCCCGUGCCCUUCCGCUCCGCCAUCGCCGACGGCUGCACCCACCUGCUGGUGCUGUGCACGCGGCCCAAGCGCGCGCGGCAGAGCCGCGUCAACCUGGCCCUCACCGACGCCAUGGAGGUGGCCAUCAAGAAGGCGGUGCUGAGCCCGGACUACAUGGUGCCAGCCUGGAAGGCCGAGGUGGACUACCUGAUGAAAGACGGGCUGAGCCAGGACGACAUGCUGCUGCGUGCAGCCAGCGAGGAGGCGGCCCACGAGCUGCCCUACUUUGCCGGCACGCACGUGUACCCUCUCUACCCGGGCGCCGCCGCCAACUUCAGCCCGCUGUGCAUCGACCCUCCCACCCUCAAGGCAGGCGUGGCCGAGGGGCGGCGCGGCGUGCUGGCCGUCUGCCGCGCCGUGCUGGGGGACGCGCUGGACUUCAGCCGCUUUGCAGAGCUGGAGAGGAGCAACAUCGUGCCGCACCGCAGCUCGCGCAGCAGCAGCGAGCGCCUGUGGCGGCGCUACAUGCAGGAGGACUUCAGCCACCACGCCUGAUCCCGGCCGCGCCUUUUUGCAGCUGCUGCGCCACAGCAGCACCUUUUCUGCCACUGGAUUCCAACACCUGACGGACAAAGCUGCCGCCGCACCACCCGACCCCUCCUCAGCCUUUUUGAAUUUGAUCUCAGACUACAGCGGUUUUUGCUCUCUUUGGGUUUCCUGGUUGCA